AUGGCGUCCCAUGUGAGUGUGUUUGUUGUGGUGUUCAGCUGUUUUGCAGUGAGUGCUCUUACCGAUGAAAGCUGUCCGUUAUUUGCCACUCUUCACCCAUAUCCAAGUGGCGGUGCCAAGGAAUCGGAACAUGCAUUGCAUUACAGCAAGGCUCAAGUUUCUAAGCCAGCUCCAGACUGGACUGGCACCGGUGUUGAAAAUGGUGAAAUCAAAGAAUUAAAAUUGUCUGACUAUCGAGGCAAAUACGUGGUGCUGCUUUUUUAUCCUCUGGAUUUUACUUUUGUGUGCCCGACAGAGAUUAUUGCAUUCAGUGAUCAUGCAGACACCUUCAGAAAAAUCAACACAGAGGUGAUUGGUGUGUCUGUGGACUCCCAGUUCACUCACUUAGCAUGGAUUAAUACUCCCCGUAAGGAUGGUGGUUUAGGCAAUAUAAAAAUUCCUCUUCUCUCUGAUAUUACUCAUCAAAUAUCUAAAGAUUACGGUGUUCUUAUGGAAGACCUUGGACAUACGUUAAGAGGUUUGUUUAUCAUUGAUGAUAAAGGUAUUUUACGUCAGAUCACGAUGAAUGAUUUGCCAGUGGGACGUUCUGUGGAAGAAACAUUGCGUCUGGUACAAGCAUUCCAGUAUACAGACUCCCACGGUGAAGUCUGUCCAUGCGAGUGGAAACCAGGAAGUGAUACAAUUAUUCCAGAUCCUGAAAAGAAAAAAGAAUACUUUGAGAAGCACGGUGAUGAACUAUAGACAUCUUGUAUCACAGUUUUUCACAUUAGACAACAUAUUAAUAAUUAAUUCAGCUUUCUCAUUGUAACUAGGUUAGGAAACAUUUGGGGGUCUACUUGGACCAAAUAUUGUUCUAUUUGUUGCAGAUUGUCAUCUGUCAGUGUGUUAGAAUUAUUGUCAUAUAUAUUGUUAGUUCAAUCUACAAAGAUUGUAUCUACUUUCUACUGUAUGUGUUUAUUGAUGCAAUAAAAUAUGUAGUCCAUAUAUGGUAAUGUCCAUAUAUGGUAAUGUCCCCCGAGUUGACAUUGUGAUCAAAUCGAAUAGCAGAAUUCAAUAAUGAAUCAUCUUACACUUUAUGCAUUACCUCAUGUUCCUGAAAUAAGAAUUGCAGCUGACUUUUAAAGUUUAUAUCAUGUCAUUUUAUAAUCUUAGUGGAACAUUAUUCUGUUAAUAUUUCUCAAGGCGCUUGGAUUAGAUACUUUUAAAAUCAGCCAAGGAUCUUGACUUUGUUAUCUGGGUCGGAAUAUUAGCUUUGUUAUCUUGGUUGGGAUCUUUCUUUGUUAUUAGGGUUAGAUCUUGACUUUGUUAUCUGCUGUUACUUUGUGAUUCAGUUCUGUCAGUAUCUGUGAUGUAGUACUUAGUAUAUUGUGCCCUGUACCUAUUACAUAACAAGACAUACCAGUAUUACAGAGAACUCUUAAAUUAGUGUUAACACAUACGCUGCUAUGGUAUUGAUGCUUUAUAUUUGCCAGGGUGACUAUAUUCUUUAUUAAAUUGAACUUUAUACUAAAUAAAAAAAAAUAUAUAUUUUUCUCAAAUUCUCAAUGUAGACUUGUAUACAGUACCAAAUAAUCUAGUAAGCAGGAUAUACAUCACCGUACAUACUGUGAAUACUUAGUAUUAUAAAUACACAUGUUGAGUUACAUUUCAUUUUAUUAGCCUUCAAUAAUAAAGAUCUCUUCA